AUGAUCCUCGACGUCCUCUUCACGCCGUGGGCCCUGCUCGCCCUGCCCGUGCUAUACUACCUGCUGCCGUACCUCCGCGACAAGGCCAUCCGCGACAUCCCCGCGCCCUUCCCUGCCCAGUUUUCCAACCUCUGGCUGCUGUGGCAGGUGCGCAAGGGCAGCCGCUACCUGGCCGUGCACGAUGCCCACAAGAAGAUGGGCAAGAUGGUGCGCAUCCAGCCGCACCACGUCUCCAUCGCCGACGUCGACGCCAUCCCGCUGAUCUACGGCCACGGCAAUGGUUUCCUGAAGAGCGAGUACUACGACGCCUUCGUCUCGAUCCAGCGCGGCCUCUUCAACACGCGCGACCGCGCCGAGCACACGCGCAAGCGCAAGACGGUCGCCCACACCUUCUCGGCCAAGUCCAUCGGCCAGUUCGAACAGUACAUGCACGGAAACCUCGAGCUGCUGGUCAAGCAGUGGGACCGCAUGGCGAAGGAGUCGGGCGGCUACGCCCACAUGGACGCCCUGCACUGGUUCAACUACCUCGCCUUCGACAUCAUCGGCGACCUGGCCUUCGGCGCCCCCUUCGGCAUGCUGGAGAAGGGCAAGGACUUCGCCGAGGUGCGCGAGAGUCCCGACGCCCCGCCGCGGUCCGCCCCCGCCAUCGAGGUGCUGAACCGCCGCGGCGAGGUGUCGGCCGCCAUCGGGUGCAUGCCGUGGAUCAAGCCGUGGGCCAAGUACUUCCCGGACCCGUUCUUCUCCAAGGGCGUCGAGGCGGUCGAGAACCUGGCCGGCAUCGCCGUGGCGCGCGUCAAGCAGCGCCUCGACAACGCCGACAAGAUCGACCGCGUGGACCUGCUGGCGCGCCUGAUGGAGGGCAAGGACGAGACGGGCGAGAAGCUGGGCCGCCAGGAGCUCACCGCCGAGGCCCUCACCCAGCUCAUCGCCGGCAGCGACACCACCAGCAACACGUCGUGCGCCCUCCUGUACCACUGCCUGCGCAACCCCCACGUCAUCACCAAGCUGCAGAAGGAACUCGACGCCGCCAUCCCGAACAUCGACACCGUGCCCGAAUUCUCCAUGGUCCGAGACCUGCCAUACCUCGACGCCGUCAUCAAAGAGACGAUGCGCAUCCACUCGACGUCGUCGCUCGGCCUGCCGCGCAUGGUCGUGGGCCCGGGCAUCACCAUCCUCAACCGCCACUUCCCCGCCGGCACCGUCCUCUCCGUGCCCUCGUACUCGAUCCACCACUCGACCGACAUCUGGGGGCCCGACGCCGACGCCUUCCGCCCCGAGCGCUGGGAGCGCGUGUCGGAGAGGCAGAAGCAGGGCUUCAUCCCCUUCAGCUACGGGCCCCGCGCCUGCGUCGGCCGCAACGUCGCCGAAAUGGAGCUGGCCCUCAUCGUGAGCACCGUCUUCAGGCGCUACGAGUUUGAGCUCAGGCAGGGGGAGAUGGAGACGAGGGAGGGGUUUUUGAGGAAGCCGUUGGCGUUGGAGGUGGGCAUGAGGAAGAGGGUGGCGUGA